UAGUAACUGUAGUAAAUAGGUCUGGCUUUGUCCAAAGGUCCAAUAAGGAAGAAGGUGCUUAGAAAAUGUCUUCUCGUGCAGGACCAAGAGCUAGUGGGACUGAUGGAAGUGAUUUUGAUCAUAGAGAGAGGGUCGCAGGUCACUAUAGGAUCAGUGCGCAACUAAAACCGAAGAUCAAGAUUUGCAUGCUACUAAAUCUGUUCGUGUCUGCAAACAUCGCUGCUCUCUGCGGAGCCAUAUAUCUGAAUCUUCUGCCCUCUAGUAUGGAGAUCUCCAAACCCCAGCCGUGGCAUUACAUCAUCAUCUGCAGUAGUCUGCCGUCAGUCAUAGGCUUAGCAUCGCUCUCGAGGAGUAAUGCAGCUCUUUUAAAUAUUUACAAAACAGGCAGUUUACUAUUCUGCAUUGGUGGAGCCUUGUUUGGCUUGAUAUUUCAGUAUAAGCAAUUUCAGUUAUAUGUACAGACUGGUAAAGGUGUUUUAAUAUUUGGUUUACCCCUCAUCGUAAUACAAUAUGUUGCACUUUCUCUUUAUAUUAUUUUCAAUUUGAUAAACUUCAGAUAUGCAAGCAAGUUGUCAGCUGCAUGGAAUUUUAAAGGUUCAAAAACGAAAUAAAUAUGAAGAUAGUAAAAUGGUUUACACCCCUCAUCGUAAUGCAAUAUGUUGCACUUUCUCUAUACUGUACAUGAUUUUCAAUUUGAUAAACUUCAGAUAUGCAAACAAGUUGUCAGCUGUGUGGAAUUUUAAAGGUUUAAAAAGGAAAUAAAUAUGAAGAUGGUAAUAUAUGUUAAAAUUUAAUCAUAUAUGAUUUUGUUUUAGGGACAAUCAGUGAAAAAAGAAUCUCAAUUAGUUACAUUGCAGUAUAUAAGUUUGCUCUCACUGGAACAUGUUUAAUUGAUUAAAUAAUGUUACUGGUUAUCUAUAACACACACUAAAACCUUUUUCCAUGUUCUUAGUGUUUUUAAUAAAUACUACAGUAUUAUAAAAUCCAAACUGCUUUUGUAUUGCUUGUUCAACAAUAACCAACACAUAUCAGUAAACUUUAUAGAAGCCAUGCUUUGUUACCAUGUAAGAUUUUCUAUCAUUAGGUUUGCUUCAGUAACUUCUUGCUCAUUCCAGGCGGUUUUUUUUUUCACUGCAAUUAUGUAAAUUUUCCUGGUUCAUCUAGGACAUACUUAUUUUAAGAUUUAAGCAUGAUGAUAAAUAUCAGCUUCAGAGGGUUCUCGUCUGUAUGUGGUAAUUAUGUGCAUUGUUGCCUGCCUUUUGAACUGGUAAUUGGUGUGGUCAUAAUGUACAUAGUGUUCAUUUGUAUACCACCAUUUUAUCAUUGUUUUUAGUUCGUUUCAAAACAACCAUUAAAUUAAACUGAAAACAAUU